AUGGCAAUACUGGUGCUUCAAAAUAUUGCAUUGGUUUCAUACUCCAUGACACCUAGUCCGGUAGCAACAAUGGCAUUCGACACAAUAUCUCGAAUAAGCGCCGUUCUUCUCUUGUGCUUAGUUUUUUGUGGUUGCGAGGGCAUAGGUACAUUUAAUGAAGCAGAGGCUCUAGCUAAAGCCAUAGAUGUGGCUCUCGGCAAAGUAAACCCUGAUGUCAAAGUUUUUAAUGUGUUGGAAUAUGGUGCAAAGGCUGAUGGAACGACGGAUAGCUCAAUUAAUUUUAUCAGGACUUUCAAGGCUGCCUGCAAUUUCAAUGGAAAUGCUAUGAUGGUCAUACCUGAAGGGAACUUCUUAAUAGGACCGGUCAUAUUUUCAGGACCGUGCUUGAAUCCAUCUUCUCUAAUCAUUCAAGCUAAUGGAAUGGUCAAAGCACAAGCUGGUCUUUCAUACUAUGGAGUUGGAGGAGAUAUUUCAGACUGGAUCACGUUCCUAGGCAUUGACGGCUUGAUUCUUUCUGGAAAAGGUACUUUCCAUGGCCAAGGUGCUGAGGUAUGGAAGAACCAUGACUGUGGCAACCAGCCCAACUGCGUCCGUCUGCCAGCUACAUUGAAAUUCAUCAGGGUAAACAAUGCAAUCAUCCAUGGCAUAAAAACCAUUGACUCCAAAGGGUUCCACGUCAUGAUAAGCAACAGCCAAAACUUCGAGCUUUUCAACCUUGAUUUGCAAGCCCCUGGAAGUAGCCCCAACACUGACGGUAUUCACAUGAGCAAAUCGAACCAAGUAAAAAUAUCCGACAGUGUCAUUGCCACCGGAGAUGAUUGUGUCUCUAUGAUCCAAGGAUCCACCAACAUCACCAUCGAGAAAGUAACUUGUGGCCCAGGCCAUGGUUUCAGUAUCGGCAGCCUUGGCCAUUACGAUGUUGAGGCAGAUGUUAGCGGGAUCACCGUGCAGAACUGCUCAUUAUAUGGCACAGACAAUGGAGUUAGAAUCAAAACAUACAAAUCUGAAACCCCAAGUAAAGCUUCAGGCAUAGUGUUCCGAGACAUCAUCAUGACUCGAGUUCGGAACCCAAUCAUCAUAGAUCAAGAAUAUGGAAACAGGCAAAGUAGUCAGCCAUCGAAAGUAAGCAUCAGCGACGUCCAAUACGAAAACAUCAGGGGAACUUCAACUAGCAAAAUUGCAGUCCUUCUACUUUGCAGUACAUCGAAUCCUUGCCAAGGCAUUAACAUGAACAAUGUCAACUUGGAGUACGAUGGUCCUCCAAUGGACAAACUGCCUUUCAGUUCUAGCUGUUCGAAUGCAAAAGUUGCCUACGUUGGUUCCCAAAGCCCUCCCGCUUGCCCUUAGGCACUUACAGCAAUCAAAACCACAAUUCUUUCCUUGUGAAUUAAGGAAUUGAUGGUAUUAUAUAGUAUAUUUGUAAGAGAGAAAAAGCAGUGGAUCUAGUGUUCUAUAUUGAUGU